AUUCUCAGAUAAUCCACACCAAAAACAAAGAAGAGUAAGGGGGAAAAGAGGGAGUACCAAUCAAAAGACCAAAGAAAGGGAGAAAAUAAUACAGAACACCCCUUCAAGAUGGCGCAGAUCCCUCAGGUGUGGCACACCAAGGUGAUGCCCCAGGAAGAGAAUGUGGACCUGAACAAAAUGGUUGCUUUUGGUAGCCAACCCGAGUGCUCCAUCUGCUACAACACCUACGACAAUGUAUUCAAGACGCCCAAGCUGCUGGAGUGCACCCACACCUUCUGCCUUGAGUGCCUAUCGCGCCUCAUGGCCAUUUCGCUAGGAGAGCAGGAAGGAAGCGGCAGCAGCAAGAUCCCUUGUCCAUUCUGCCGCCACCCUACCCUCCUAACCGAGGAGGGUCCGCCUGCCCUGGCCACCAGCCAGGAGGUACUGUGUAAACUGCCCAGCCACCAGCAGCACGAGGAACCUGUGUGGCUGGAUGGGGAGAAGCUGUGCUACAAGCGGCCACUGGAGGCCGACCCCGGAACAUCCAGCUCCACCUCGGCCUUCUGCAUCUGCAUCGACAUCGGGGCCAGCAAGGCAGACGAGGUCCCUGCUCAGACGUGGCCCCAGCACAUGGGCUUCCUGGAGCGGCUGAACAACUGGAAGUGGCUGCUGCUUUUCAUCGUGUUGAUGGUGCUGCUGGUGAUCAUGGUGCUGUGGCCCCUGCAAUGCAUUGUCACCACGGGCAAUUUGCGCUGCAUGCCACGCUCCGUGGGCUCAGUACACGGCUUCACCACCACCGCCACUACCCCAUUCGCCAGGAUACACCGUCUCACAAAGGAUGCCUUUAAUUAAAACACAUGUAUGUAGUAGGCCGGAUACCUGGUUCACAAGCCCACAGAUCCCCAGAGUGCUCAUUGAAAAGCACAAGGCCAUGUGGUUAAGGCCCACGACUGAAUCAAAGAAGACUGAAUAUAGCACUAGAUGGUGAGAGACUCUGCACACUCCAUCCAAUCGUUUUAACAAUUGAUAAUGGCGUGCUCAGCAUCAGUUACAAAUAACAUUCCUAUUGAAAUUCAUACAUUAAUUCCAAUCCUUGCACUUUGAUUAACUAAUAUUGUUUGAGAUUUUCCUUAAAAUUGUUAUUUUGCUGUAACAAUAUAAUAUGUGGAUAAAAUGCGUUGUAAUAUUCAGACACAAUCUGGGUGAAAUCUAUUAAUAUCUAAAGUAUCAGAUUUGUUGGCCACAGUGCAACAGUAUAGUCUGACAGCUAGGUGAUUUUUUUUCAAACCAAAUACGUCCGACAUUGCUUUCACAACACACAAAGUAUUAUUGUUGUGUAUUCAAGUCAGAGCAGACACUGAAACUCAAUAACUUAAGUUUAAGAACAAUGUGCAAGGUUAGCUUUCUUAUCUGAUUUGAAAAUAAUUCUAUGCCAAAACGCAAUGCUGAAAUUGUAAGUGUAUAUAAAUGUAUAGUUGAUUGUAAUAUUUGGAUAUAUAUUUAGUUUACAAUACUACAAUAAAUGAAAAACAAUACAGGCAUGGUCUAGGUUUAGGAAAAUACUGCAUAGCUUUGUUUAUGAAAAGCUUUGUACAGCACCUCUCUAAUCAGGAUUGACCAACAUUACAUAGACAUGGAUGGGUGGCCUUGGUAGGAACUAAUGAUUCAUGGACUGCUGUUUCCCACUUCCUGUUAGAAUAUUUUUAUUGUAUUUUUCUAAUAAUAUUUUUUUGUUUAUUUUUUAACAUUACAAAAACAAACGUAUACAUACGAACAACAACUUACAGACACACAAACAAUGACUACAUCUCCUCUGCCCCGCAUGCUCACUCCCCCUUCCCUAGUGUCUGCAUUAUUGUUUGCCACUUGGCCUUAAAUUGUACCAAUGUAUUUUUCUCGGUCGCCCAUGCUAUUUCAACAUUUCAAUAAUAAAUAAUUAUAUUUUCCCAUUGUGUCAAUGUUAGC